AUGGCCGAGAACCCCGUUCCUUCCACCGCCGAUGAUGCGGCGGUGGAAGAGGUUGUUGAUCAAUUGGUGCUACGAGAAGCUGAACAAGGGGCAGCCGGCCGGGAGGACCUCUUUGAUGGACCUACAGAGCUGGUUGCUAGCUCGAUACCUGCUGCAGGUGCAUUGCUAGGAGAUGAUGUAGACUUGGCAGCAGCCAACUCCGUGAUGUCUCAGUCCAUGGAGCAAAGUCCAGCUGCAUCAGAGUCUGCCGGCAAUGUUGAGGAUGCAAGUUUCAAAGAUGGAGACACUGAGGGAUCAAGCUCAGGGGCAACAAAGCUCGCCGCCAAUCGAGAAAAUGAAGUCCAGUCUGAAACGGACCUGGAGCUCUUGGCGAGACACAAGACUAAAGAGCAAGAGAUUGUGGAGAGUGAAGAGGUGGUAGCGAGGAUGGAGAGGAUCGAGCAGAGGUCAAGGCUGGGGUUCACUGGGGAGGAAGCAAAGGCUGAGGGGCAGAGUGCCGCAGAGGUGGAACAGCAAGAGGAGGAAGAGGAGGAGGAGGAGGAGCCUCGAUACUACGACCCUGCCACACUGGACAGUCCUCCGGGCCCGUCGGAACUUCCGAGCAGCAGCGGGCGCUUGCUUUGCAGUUUCGGUUUGGACGGAAGCAAGCGGGGAGCCAUGGACUACAUUGCAGAGGACGUUCUGAUAUUCCCGGCAGCAAACACGGUGCAGACGUUAAAUGUGCGGACAAUGGUCCAGAUACAAAUGCAGAUCUUCGUGGGCCAGGGCGUUUCGACGAUAACUGUGCACUCGUCGCGCCAGUGGUUCGCCGUGUGCGAAAAGGGAGUCAACCCCUCGGUCUUUAUGUAUACGUACCCAGCCCUGCAAUUGUACAAGGAAGGUGGAAACAACACUUUGUCCCUCGAAAUGAAGAUCCUGCGGGGCGGCACGGAGCGCUUGUUCGGGUGCGCGGUCUUCAGUCACGACGGCCGAGAACUGGCCACGGUCGGGGGCUACCCCGACUACUGGCUUACAGUUUGGGACUGGCGCCACGAAGCAAUCAAGCUGCGAGCCAAGGCUUUCUCGCAGGACGUUUUCAAGGUGUGCUUCUCACCCUCGUUCGCCGGGCAGCUGAUCACGAGCGGGACGGGCCACAUCCGCUUCUGGAAGAUGGCGGCCACCUUCACGGGGCUCAAACUGCAGGGCCAACUGGGCAAGUUCGGCGCGGUUCCGCUGAGUGACAUUUCCGGCUUCGUCGAGCUGCCGGACGGAAAGGUGUUGUCCGGCACGGAGUCCGGCAGGCUGCUGCUGUGGGACGGCGGCUUCAUCAAGUGCGAGAUUACGCGGCCCGGGGGGAUCCCUUGCCACGUGGGCAACGUGGAGUGUGUCCAGCUGGACAGGAAGCGGCGGCAGCUGAUCACGGCGGGGCACGACGGAUACGCGCGCAUCUGGGACUUCGAUGCGCUGGACGGCGCGGACCAGGUGGACGACAAGCCGACGUUCGAGAUGGCCCCCCUGGAAGAAAACUUCAUUGGCGAGGGAGUGCGCUGCAAGACGCUGCUGCGCGAGCAGGACCACUGGAUUGUGCAGGACGAGCGAGGCGCGGUGCUGCGCGUGGCGCUGCCGACGUUCCGCUCGACGCGCCUGCUGGAGUUCCACUCGGGGCCGAUAACCGGGCUGGACACGCACCCGGGGGACCACGUGGUCGCAACUGCCGGGGAGGACGCCACGGUCCGCUUGUACUCUUACAUCGACGGCGCGCAAAAGCAGCUCCUGUGUCGCGCGUUCAACCGCGGCGCCCGCUGCUGCGCGUGGGCGCCUGACGGGCGGACGCUACUCGUGGGCUUUGCGGACGGCGUUCUGCGCGCGCUCGCGCGCGCGCCGGGCGCCUGGAGGCUCGCGCAGGUCGUCAAACCGCACACGGGCGCUAUCACGUGUCUGGCCCUUAGCGUCGACGGUCAGCACUUGGCCACCGGAUCGGACGACGGCACAAUUUUCUUCUUCCAAGCGGCUGAAUCAGGCUGGAAUCCUGUGGGGUAUUUCGUGGCCCCUGGACCCGUCAGCUGCGCCACGUGGCACGCGGACAGCCAGCGGCUUCUCGUCGGCUGCCGAAGCGGACACAUCUCCGAAGUGACGAGACCUGUUGGUAACGAAGACACCAGCAGAACCCUAUCUCUGGACCUUCCCUCCACCACAUUCAACUUUCUGGCGGCUCAACAAGCCGCGGCCGCCCGUGCCGCGGCCGCGGAGCGCGAGGCGGCCGCGAAGAAGCGCGCGGAGGAAAACCCCGACGGUCUCGCACUUGACGAAGAGCCUGCGCCGCCGGCCCCCCCCUCACAGUCAGUGCCAGAGGACCCCCCCGCCGUGGGAGCGCUUUUGCGCCACGAGAAGAACCCUAAUUUCUUCUACGUAUCUUUCCGGGGGGAGAAGCAUCCCGGCAUGUACGUGUGUAACUUUUCGGGGGGGGAGAUCGUCGAGCGAAAGUUGCUGGAGGCCGGGGGGCUGCGCGGGGUCAGCGUCUCGCGCGGUGGGCAGUUUUUGGCGGUUGGGGGCGAGGAGGGGAAAGUGAGGGUCCAGCCUUGGGGGAGCCCAGAGCGCGCGCGCGCGCAGGGCUGGCAAAGCCCCGCGCAAGACGGCGCGUGCCUGGCGGCCGCGAGCUUCGACGACGCGUUCCUGCUCAGCGGCGGCGCGAGCGGCGUGCUGCUGGUCCACCGGCUGAGCCUCGACGGGGUCGCCGAGCGGAGCUCCGUCCCCGACAGCGUUCCGGCGGAAUCCUCGGGGCAGGAGCCGGCGGACAUCACCGAGGAGAGCGCGUACAGUCUGGAGGACGCGAAGCAGAAGGAGGAGGCGGACAAGCUCCGCGCGGCCGCGCUGCGGCGGCAGAUGAGCGUCAAGGAACAGCUGGCGGAAAUCCGGCAGGAGCUCCGGGAGGAGAUCGAGCGGAACCGGAACCUGCCCCCCGGACAGAGAGUUGCCCCGGAGGAGAUGGAAGUGGAUCCUGGGCUGCGAAGUAUGAUGGCCGCCGAGGUGGAGUCCCACGUGGCGCUCGCGCACCGGGAGCUAGAGUGGGAGACGGAGAAGGCGAACGUGGCGCUGGCGAAACUCCGGCGGCAUUUCCUGGAACCUCUCGAGACGGAGCGCAUCGUCGUAGACGCUCUCUCCUCCGGCCGCCACGUGUCCACAUUCCAGACCCUCCGCCUGAAUGCCGACGUGCAAGCCGCGAUCGCGGCUUUAGACGCGUCCGAGAUGUUGCGGCGACAGCCCAGCAUGAUGACUCCGGGGAGCCGUCGCCGCACGCGGGAAGCCCAGGGGAUCCCUUCGCCGAGCUACCCCAAUACGCCGUCCCCCCAUCUAAACCACUCCGGGGAAAGCAUCCGGGAAGUGCGCGAGGAGAGCGCGGCCGCGAAGCAGGCGCAGCGCAAGAAGCUGCGCGAGAUGCGCGAGGUGCGCGAGCAGCAGUGGGCGGUGUUCAACAAGACGCGGCCGGACCCGGCGUACGAGAACCCGGCGGACCUGGCGGCGAUCCAGGCUGGGUGGGACACGCUGGGCGACUUCAAGCUCAAGUCCGAUCCGGAGUACAUCGUUCCGGAGGCGCAGCGAAUCGACGCCGGAAAGAAGCACGCCCAGAUGCUGCGCCUCACGGAGGCCAUGCACCGCCACACGCGCGCGUUCAACCUGCAGGUGCUCAACCUGCGCACGCGUAGGGAGGGCGCGCGGGGCGCGCUCGAGGCGGACGUCGAGCGCGUGCGCGCGAUCAACAAGCUCCUGGGGCUGGAGGAGCCUCCGCUCUUCGAGUGGCACAGCAACGCGCGCGAGCGGCCGGAGGCGCGCGAGGAGGUGGGCGAGCGCGAGCUCGCGGAGUUCCGCAAGCAGCAAAGACAGGCCGCGCGCGACGCGAAGAACCAGGGCGGUAAAGGCCUCGGAGGCUUCGGCGGACAGGCGGCCUCGUCGCCCGAAGCCGACGCCGAAGAAGAGCCCGGGGUUCUUUCCCCGACCACUUUGAACACCGCGGAGCACGGCCCGGGGACCAAAGCCGGGUCCUCGGGGAAAGAGAACACGCCCCGGCGGGGGAAGAAGGGACGGGAGUACCGAAAGUCGGACCUUGAGAUCGCGGAGCAAGACGCGGCCGAGCGGCGGCUGCGCCACGAGAAGGCCGCGCUGGUCGCGAAGGUCGCGCGCGCGAUUGCGGGGUUCGACGCUGACGUGGACCGGCUGCGAACGGAGAAGCUGUCGCUCAAGGCGAAACUUCAGGCCGCGGAGGGGCGCAUGCUCGUGAUGCAAAAGGAGCUGGAUCUGCUGAAGGAGUUUGAGAAGAAGGACCAUAUGCUCAACAGCAAGAGCGCCGCGAAGAAGGCAGAGCAAGAAGAACUCGGGAAAAAGGCCGACGAGCUGGACGAAAAGCUGGAAGCCAAGCAAGCGGAGCUUUCCGCCGGAGCGGCGGCCAAGGCGGAGCUCCUGGCGGAAUUCGACCGGUUGGUGGACCCGGGGCAUUCACACCGGGAGGCGCUGCUGAAGGUUUACAAUAAGAAGGUUAAGCGGGUCAAGAAGAAGGAGAAUAACCGGGGCGCGGACGAAGAUGAAGAUGAGAGCGACGAGGAAGAAAGCGAUGACGAGGAUUUGGAUGACGAUGAGGAGGGCGACACGUGUCCUGCUGGUUGCGAGCGCGCGACCUUCGACAACGUGUGCCAGCUGCGCGAGAAGAAGCUCGAUCAGGAUGACCUCAUCGCUGACGUCACCAAGGCCAUGGAAGCGCUGAAGCGCGAGCAGGACGCGCUGGCCAAAAAGCUCAAGACGGUGGAGGCCGCGAUGAAGGCCGUCGAAAAGGAGAUGGACGACUUCCAAAAAGAGAAGCAGGGCGCGCUCAACCAGAUCGACGUCGCGCUCACGCUCAGCCUGCACCAGAUCCAGCACCUCUCCUCCGAGGGCCGUCUCCCGGACGACCUCUCCUCGUCGCUCGUGUUCUCGAACGGCGCGCUCGCGCGCCUGGGCGCGCGCGUGCGCGAGCUGGGCGACGAGAAGAGCGCGCUGCGGCUCGCGCAGCGCGACUUGCACCGGCAGCACUUGGGGCUGCAUAAGCAGAAGAAGGAGAAGGAGAAAAAGAUCGCGGAGCUGCAACAGCGGGCUGUGGACGUCCAAAUGCUCAAGUUUGGCCAGUCCACUUCGAAGGGAGACGUAUCAGAACCAGGAAAGGAAGCUGGACACAGCCUACUUUGUUUUGGAGAGUUGAAAAUUGCGGAGUGGCAACAGCGGGCGGUGGACUUCCAGAUGCUCAAGAUCGAACAGGUGAUCGACCUGAAGUUGCUGGAGGCGGUGGGCGACAGCGCGGGCGCGGAGGAGCUGCGCGCGUCUCUCGCCGAGCAGGAGCGCGUGCACGCGCGCGAGCUAGGCGAGUGGAAGCGUGCGAUCGACCGCGCGACGGACGUGCUGGCUGACGUGACUGCGGAGAACACGGCGUGCCUGAACCGGGCGGCCGAGUUGGGCGAGCAGCACCAGCGGCUGGAGCAGGGGCUGGUCGCCACGCAACACUCGGUGCUGGCUGAUGCCGUGUCCAUGAAACGCAAAGAAGCGGAGGAGCGAGACAAGAUGGUGCAGGUGGUAAACGACCAGGCGGGAGAGCUGGAACAGCUGAAGGCUGAGAUCCGGGUGCUCAAAUCAAAGGGGCCGAUCAAGACGCGAGUGUGA